AUGUCGAUCCAACAGCUUUCUAGAUUUCUAAAUGAUCAGAAUGGAUUUCGUCGUCGAGCUCGAGGCUCUUCCCGUGCAGUAUUCUUGCAAUACGAUUAUUCUGAAUCGCAACAAGUAUUUGCGAAUAAAUUUCCUACCUGUCAGCUCUCUGGGCUCGGUGGUCUGAAAGAUUGGGAAUGGUUCAUCGACGAAAAAAGCAAACCAAACAUCCGACCAAGCUUUUACAAUGACAGAUUACACAUCCCAAUAGGCCCUGUCCCGGCUCCCGCAACAAGUAUUGAACAAUGCAAGUCGGAGACGCCAAUCAACGUGUUGGGCUUUCUUUAUACUCUAUCAUUCGAAGAAUUGAAUGCGCUAGCACAAGAGCAAUGUUUAGAAGGCAGACAGCAGCUUUACGUUCCUGUUCAAAUUAAGCCCACGUCAAUUAAUAGUUUUGAUACAAAGAUGGUUGUGGCAACCAUUUUCGUAGACAUGGCUACCACCAGAGGAGGUUCCGUUGAUUUGACAAAUGAAUCAACGAACUUAAAAUGGGUUACGGCGAUCAAACGUAUGUACCUAUCAGGAAUUUUGGAGUGGUAUAGGAAAAGUAUCGAGGCCAAACUUAGAGGAUGGGAUAAGAGGGCUGAACCUCUUCUUGUUCGUCUUAAUCCAAAUCCUACUAUUGAUCCGCGGACAGCCCAGAGACAGGCAGCUCUCAUCAUGAAUGCAAGACUCAAACAACAGCAAGAUCAAGAGCAAGAAGAUCAGCCAGGGCGACAACAGCAGAUGAAAGGACCAAGUCGACCAAUGAUCACAAUUUCUCAAAGACAGCGAGACUUUAUGCUGCAGCAGAUCCUGAAUCAUGGAAUGAUAUCAUCGGAGGCCGUGCUAAAGCUUAGCGAGCCACAAAAGACUCUUAUGGUCGACACCUAUCUACGCAGACAACAAAAGGCAAUUUAUGUAAGAAACAAAACAGAGAAGAAACGACUCGAGGAAGCUUCUCAAGUUUCUGAUCCAAGGAUUGGAAUGACAGGACCACAAGGAAAUGUUAAGGCCACAGGACAGCAAACAAACCCACGUGAAGAGGCUAUUCUCAACGACAUACUUCGAAAGCAAAAAGAUGCAGCGCGAAAGCAAAAUUCUACAGGAAGUUCUAGAAUGCCGCCACCAGCACAACCAGUUCGCAGAUAUUCGCAAAGUAGUCUAGGGAGAGGUCAAGAACAAGCACAGGCACAGGCACAAGCACAAAACGGAAUUAACACGCCUUUAACACAACUCAACUAUCCUCAAAAUCCCAAUAAUCUCAAACGACAAGCUUCGAAUCCAAUCUUUAACGCUAUUGGCACGCAAGGUGCUAAACGACAGAGUACGGGAAAUACAGGUGGUAAAGCGGAAGGUCCACAGAAGUUUAAUAGAAAUAAUGGAGAGAUGAUAGAUCCAGUUUUGAAUCCAAACGCAAAGAAGAAUUCAAGUGUUGCUCAGGAACCCAAACCCAAGACACGAGGUCGACCCAGGAAGAGUCGGGCUAAGGUACCGCCUACCGGGGAUUCGAAUAAUCUGAAUCAAGGUCGACAGAAUAGUCAAGUCGUAGGAACUAGCAUGAGCUCAGGUGGAAAGGUACGCGCGGAUGUCAAUGCGAACGGUAAUGCGAUAUCUGGAAGUCAAGCACAAGCGGCUCCUGGAAAUUUGAAUCAAGUAGCGGGCAAUGGAAUCGGUAAUGCGUAUUCGAAUGGAGGCCCCAAUACGCAGAAUAGAUCACAAGCUCUUCCGCAUGUGGAACAAGCAGCGAAGAUGGUGGAUUAUUUUCAGCCGAAAGCUCAUGGGGAGAAUGCGGGAGAUGGAAGGUUGCAGUAG